AUGUCUGCAAUCACCCCGAUACCAUGUGAAAACGUUGAAAUCGAAUCGAAUUCAUUAGAAACAACCGCCGCUCGUCUCGUGUGUUCAAUUAAACCCAGAUGGGCAUUGAAAAAAUUAGUUUUCAAAAAGCUAACCAACGAUUCCCAUCUUAUCUAUUACCUUAUCUUUUUGAAAGAUACCAAUGAUGAACAAAACAGCGUUAUUCUAAAACUUUAUCCAACGAAUUCGGACGUAUAUGCUGACCAAGAAGAACAAUUUCACUUGCUUAGCCAUUUAAUACAACAGAAAGUCGCAGCACAUGUUUUAUUAAGAUUCAAUAAUGGAUAUAUCUGUACUCCCAUUCCAGGAAAAGCACUGGACGUCAAAGAACAGCCUAUCGGCGAACUGGUUGCACGAAAAUUGGCCGAAUUCCAUUCGAUUCCAUCGCGCUUUCAUGGCACACGCUUGGCAGAUAAGUUGAAACAAUAUAUCGAUUUGUUUACUGAUAAGAACAAAACAUUACACGAUCGACUGGUGACAAUACAAAAUCAACGAGAAAAAUCCAUCAAUAAUACAAAGAAUCUGUUCACCUCAUUCAAAUCAGUCAUUGGAUUUCAUACAACUCCAGCAUAUCCAUUAACCUUUGCUCAGCUUCAAACACAACUGAAAGACGUCUCAUGGACCGAACUUUCCAAUGAUAUCGAUUGCAUUCAGUCGACUUUGGAGAAAAACGGUUCGUUAUUUGACAUACCGAUUGUUUUAUGUUUGAAUAAUCUUCGAUUGGGAAAUUUUCGUUAUGAUUCAACGAAUCAUUCAUUAGCAAUCAUCGAUUUCGAUCAUUGUUUGCAUGAUUAUUAUCUGUUCGAUAUCGUGUCUUUUUUUCUUGAACUAUCGACAGACGAUUAUGAGAAAAAAUACCCGGAGCGGCCGGUUCAAAAACAAUUUCUCACCGACUAUCUGAAGAACUCCAGAUUGAAUAUGUCCAAUUCGGUUUACGAUCAUCGAAAAGUGGCAGAAUAUGAGCUGGAACAUCUGUGCGACUUAUGUGGAUUAUUAAUCGCACCUGUUCAUCUCUAUUGGGCGUUAUGGGCGUUUCUUCAAGCCUUACUGACUAAACCAACAAAUACAUUUGAUUACGUUAACUAUGGGCGAAUCCGUCUAGCCCAGUAUUAUCGACACAAGAGUAAUUUUUUCCUUCCGAUGAACCAAUCACGGAAACCUCGACCGAAAUUUUAA